ACUGAUCACUCUCACACACACUAUUUGUAAAAUUUUCUAUCUAAACCUGCCCCCUUAAGGACACAACAAAAAAAAUGUUUAGCCCUUCGCAUCUCAAAACCUUGUACCCUCUUCAACAAGCCUUCUCAGUAAAACCAUCUUCAACCAUAAGCUCCAUGAAGCUAAAGAGAAUCGUGCACACCCUCAUAGUCUCCCACUUGUGCCGAAUCAUUCGUGCACUCUCCAAAGUCAAAGAUGUAAUGGUUGAGAUUCUUAAAGAAAACUCAACCACCAUCCACUUCCCUCACAAAAAACAUUGCAAUAGACGCAAGAAGAUCAUCCUAGGCUCCUUCAGGCUCCACUACAACUGGUGCUCCUCCAAAUCCUCGCACGUGUUGCCGGUCCCCGAACCGAUUUAUGCCACGUGCCGCGACGACGACGACGAAGAUUGCCCCUACCUAAGGUGGCUUGAGGAGAAGAAGGUUGAAGGUGAAGGUGGUGGUGAUAGUAAUAAUAAGGGUGCAAGUGCAACACGUAAUGAGCAUGUUGAAAUGAACGAGAUUGAUGUGUUAGCAGAAAUGUUCAUUGCCAAUUGCCACGAGAAGUUCAGGUUGGAAAAGCAAGAGUCUGAUAGGAGGUUCCAUGAAAUGCUGGCUAGAAGCAUGUGAAACAAAAAAGCUCAACACAUGUUUUGGUCUUUCUUUUGAAAGUUGGUUUCCCACGUUCGAAUUCGAACUUCUUGUUGACUAUUUGGGAAAAGCUUGUCCAUCAUCAUCGCAUAUCAUAUCAAAUGUGUCCAGGGUUUUAUUUAUUGUUUACGGGUCAUAUAUAUUAAUUUGCCUUUUUCUUUUUAUCCAAACUUUUCAAAAGACUAAGGGGGGUUUGAACUUUGAAGAGUUGUACAUUAUAUAGGGAAUAUGGGAUUGGGAAUUGUGCAAUUCUUCUGUCUGUUGAUACGGUCACGGUAGCUUUAACUUUUAAUUUGCAGACCUUAUUAUGACAAUAAUUGAGAAGUGCUGUUUGAAAUUAUGCAGAUCUCACCUUAUAGAAAAACUACAUGACCUCUCUGCUUAGAAGUUGUUUUCAAUUUUCAUAUCAAUGUAAGUUUUGAUAAUAAUAUGCAGUUUUUUCU